AUGAAGAUCCUGGCACAAGAGGAAGAGCAGGAUUACUACGCCCAUGUCCGCAAUUCUGGGGUAGCUGCUGGCGUUGGUGGUUUCCUACUCGGCAUCGCAGCUACAGCGGCCCUACGUCGAUAUUCCGCACCCUUUAGGCAUCUCUCUCCGGCUGUGCGAUCUACUCUUGUUAUAUACCCUACCAUUUUUGCUAUCAGCUACGGGACCAACCACGGGAGCCACGCGUUCGAGUCUCGGGUACACCCAGAAACCAAACAAUAUUUCGAGGAAAGACGAGAACUAUUUGAAAGGAGCCAUAUCGGCGAGAGUAGGAAAGAGCUGUCACGGGAAUGGCUAUAUGAACACAAAAUUCCCGUUUUGGGAACCACUUGGGCGCUGUCGAUGCUAGGCAGUCUGCGGCUAUUUGGCCGGGAUCCUUUGGAGACAGGCGUGAGAAAACUUGUUCAGGCUCGCGUGCUGGCCCAAGCGACGACAUUGUCCGCGCUGCUUCUAUUGGCACUGAUCGAAGCCGACGACAUGAAACACGGAAAGGGGAAGUACCAGAAGGUGAUCGUGGUGGAUACCAGUGAUCCUGAACACCGCAAGCGUUUGGAUGAGCAGCUGGGUCUUGAAUUACACCCGACACCUGUGACGUUAAAAGGCGGGUAA